AAGAAGACUAAACGAGCUCUUAAUCUCUCUCUCUCUAGAAAUGUCUCUUGCUUUCUCUCUCUGAAAUCUGCCUCAUUGUCUGUCUGUCUGUGUCUACUUCAAGAAUCGUGUCUCUUCCACACUUUUACUUAUUUUAUUAACACACAGACUCUCUCUCUCUCUCCAUCUUUCCUUUCCUUCUCAUUCCAUCAUCAACUAUUAAACCUCCCCUCGAAAAAUAACCCCUCAUUUGUUCUCUUGCUUUGCCUCUGUAAGUGUCUGAGGAAGUCUGUGAAUCAAAACCCAUUUCUUAGUUCUGUCCGAUAGAGAGAGAGAGAGAGAGAGAGAGAAAGAAUCCAGAUUUUUGCUUGUUUCGUUUGGUCUGCCUGGUCCAGUGAGUGGAAAAAAGAAGCCAUUUUUCGUAAAGUUUGGGAAAUUUCAUCGUUCUGGCAAAGGAUUGGAAAAAAAAAAAAACAAAACCCAAUUUGUUUCAAACGAUUCGGUUCGAUUUGUUUUGUCAUUUGGGGAUUCAGGGUUUUUGCACUUCGUCGUUUUCGUAUGGAUCGAAUCUCCGUUCGGUGAUUCUAAGGAAAGGAGAGAGAGAGAGAACAGAAGCAAAGAAGAGCCAGCGACAAUGAGAGAUGACAGCUCCAAGAAAAGCAAGCUUUCCUGGUCCAAGAAAAUGGUUAGGAAAUGGUUCAACAUCAGAAGCAAAACAGAGGAGUUUCAAGCAGAUGAUCCUGUUUCUGGGGGAGUUGAAGUGGAGUACAGCAGAACUAGCUUCUCAGAGAGAGAGGCCUCCACAGUCAAGAAGACCAAAACUGAGAAAUUGAGUAAGAACUGGGAGCAACAGGCUCGACAAAGGAGAAUGAACUAUGAAAAUCCUAGGAUCAUCGAUGUCCAGAACUACAGCAUCUUCGUAGCCACAUGGAAUGUAGCAGGACGCUCGCCUCCUGCGGACUUGAACCUCGACGACUGGCUUCUUUCAUCAGCCCCUGCAGAUAUAUACGUACUCGGAUUUCAAGAGAUUGUUCCUCUUAACGCUGGAAACGUUCUUGGAGCCGAAGAUAAUGGCCCCGCCAAGAAAUGGCUUUCCCUCAUCAGGAAGACGCUCAAUAACCGUCCUGGGACCAGCGGAAGCAGCCACUGUCACACCCCGUCUCCUAUUCCCGUGCCCGUCGCAGAGUCGACAGUUGACUUCUCCGGCUCGUCGAGGCAAAUGAACUCUACUUUCUUCCACAGGCGAUCUUUCCAGACCCCGAGCAUAUGGAGAAUGGAGAAUGACCCUUCUGUCCCCCAGCCACGGCUCGACCGCCGUUUCAGCGUCUGUGACCGCGUCUUCUUCAGUCACAGACCAAGUGACUUUGAUCAUAGUUUUAGGUGGAAUGGUGGUAGUAGCCACAGACCUAGUGAUUAUUCCAGACCUAGUGAUUUCUCUAGACCAAGUGAUUAUUACCCUACCAGGCCGAGUGAUUAUUCACGCCCGAGCGAUUAUUCGAGGUGGGGUUCUUCGGAUGACGACAAUGGCCCGGGGGAUUCCCCAAGCACUGUCUUGAACUCACCAGGUUCAUGUGGUGGUUCUGCAUCGAACGAAAAUGGCUGCAGAAUCCCAUGGAAUUCGUCGCAGUAUUGUUUAGUGGCGAGCAAGCAAAUGGUGGGUGUUUUUCUUACAGUAUGGGUGAAGAGCGAGCUGAGAGAGCACGUCAAGAACAUGAAAGUAUCUUGUGUUGGAAGAGGAUUGAUGGGUUAUCUCGGGAACAAGGGAUCGAUCUCGGUUAGCAUGUUACUGCACCAGACGAGCUUUUGCUUCAUCUGCAGCCACUUGACGUCGGGCCAGAAAGAAGGCGACGAGCUUAGGAGAAAUGCAGAUGUAAUGGAGAUACUCAAGAAAACGAGAUUUCCACGCGUUCAUAGUUCAGAGGAUGAGAAAUCUCCCGAGACAAUCCUUCAGCAUGAUCGGAUAAUUUGGCUGGGGGAUCUGAAUUACCGGAUAGCCCUCUCGUAUCGGUCUGCCAAAGCGCUCGUCGAGAUGCAAAACUGGAGGGCUUUACUGGAAAAUGAUCAGUUAAGGAUAGAGCAGACACGAGGGCGUGUCUUCAAGGGAUGGAGAGAAGGGAAGAUCUACUUCCCGCCGACGUACAAAUACUCUACCAACUCCGACCGAUAUGCUGGAGACGAUAUGCACCCAAAGGAGAAACGCCGAACCCCUGCUUGGUGCGAUAGGAUAUUGUGGCAUGGCGAAGGGCUGCACCAGUUAUCAUACAUAAGAGGGGAGUCCCGAUUCUCGGACCAUAGACCGGUGUAUGGCAUAUUCUGUGUGGAGGUGGAGUCGGCUCACAACAGGUUGAAACGAACCACGAGUUACUCUACCUCCUCUCGGAUCCAAGCCGAGGAGCUCUUGCCCUACUCUCCCGGCCCCGGAUACACCGAGCUCAGCUUUUUCUAGACCCAACCGGGCAUAGCCAUCAUGAGCUGUCAAGGAGAUUGAAGUCCAUAAAACUGGCGUGGUCCUGAGAUUCAAGUAGAAACUGUUUAUGUCAGCAGAAUCUUGAACACGACAUGCCGAUCUGACAUAUACAACGGGGUGAGCAAUGGCGUUUAAAGUUGCUUCGAUCCUUGAAGGGCGAUGAUGAUGGAGACGUUACACUGCCCCCUCCUCUUAACCGCCAAGUGACAAAAGGUGUAAAAACGUUCAUAAUUUCUGUAUUUGCUUAACCGGCUUCGCAUACCGGCGGUUCCCGGGUACGACCCGGUUUGCCAUUUCUCUGGUUUUGCCAACUUUUGGUGGUGAACUUCAUUAGAUUUCACGGCUUCGUAAUUAGAAUAUGAACUGACCCAAUCAGAAACUGCCAAGUGGAACAGAUGGACGUUCUUUUAUUCUUCAUUCAUUCUUUUGUUUAGAAUUUAGUGUAUAUUUUGUUUUUCUUUCAAGUGUUCUCCCGAGACAAUCAUAUUGUAAUGCUUAUUCUAUGGUUUAUAUGUAACAUCAAUUAUAUUAUAUUUUUUUAAA